AUGCAUGGGGAGUCGUGGUUGCUACCUGGAUGGCGGUGGAUGAUCCGCGAGUUGUUCGCAAGAGGGUGCCGAGGAGGCCAUGCCCUGCGUGCUGAGGCACACAGCUUCGAACUCUGGAGUAACGCUGAUGGCCGGCUUGUGGCGGGCGACCUCGGUUGUGUUGUCGGGAGUGUCUACGUUUCCUUGACUGGAUUCCGUGAGCGGUUUUCCAGGAGCACUGGUGAUGUGCAGUUGGUUCUGAUGGCGUCGCUACUUCACAAGAUUGGGUGUGACUGGAUCGACCUCGGGCAGGCCCUGAAGUACAAGGAGUGCCUCGGCGCCAGGGUCGUGAGCCGCAGCGAGUAUUUGGAGCGCCUGCGCCGCGACCGGGACAGGAGGCCCCCGCCGGUCGGGGCCCCGCGCUGCGGGGGCGCGGAGCUGCUCCGCCACAUCCAGGAACUCGUCGCGCGUCGGCCCGAGUUGGACGCCCUGGGCGGGGAGCCGGCGCGGCGGGAUAGGGAGAGGAGGGACGCGGCUCGCAGGCUGAGGGCCGCCGAGCUGGAGGCGGCCCUCGUCGCGAGGGCCGGGCGAGAGGCGCGGCAGGCCUCGCCGCCGUCGCCAGCGCCCUGGCGCCGUCCGGCGCCGGACGUGGCGCAGAGGGCGGGCGUGUUGUGGCAGGUGGUGGGCGGCAGGGAGAAGGGGGGCAUUAUUGUGCGUGGUUCCUGCAGUACUUCGUCGCCGCCGCUCGGCGCCCGCCUGGCAUGGGACGCCAGGCUGGAAUGCUUGACUGUGGCUGGCAGCCGGCUUCGCUACGUGAAGGUGUCUGGCGACGGCCCCGAUGAGGGGUGGAUCACCAUCGCCACGAGGGAUGGCCCGCUCGUGCAGCCGACAGACAUUCCAGUGCCCGUGUGGGUGUUCAGGCAGGCUGGGAGGCACCUGCCCGAGUACAUGGACUACAAGGAGCAGCGCGGCAAGAAUUUCCUGGAGCUGCUGCAGGACCCGGCCGACGUGGCAGAGGUGACCAUGCAGCCGCUGAGACGGUAUCCCGUGGAUGCUGCCAUCCUCUUCUCGGACAUCCUUGUCGUUCCGGAGGCCCUCGGCAUCCGCGUGGAGAUGCCCGGCGGCAAGGGCAUCCAGGUGCCCGAGCCGCUGCGCGGCCCGGAGGACCUCUCCAGGCUUCCCGCGGCAGAGGAAGCAGCCACCCCAGAGUUCGUGGAAACGCACCUGGGGCACGUGAUGGAGUCUGUGCGGCAGAUUCGCGCACAGAUGGAGAAGGAGGGCUUCGGGUCGCGCGCUCUCAUCGGCUUCAGCGCAGCGCCCUGGACACUCUUCUACUACAUGGUGGGCGGUUCCAUGAAGAAGAACACAGACUCCGGCGAACGCUGGCUGGCGAACCACCCAAAGGAGGCGGGGGCGCUGAUGUCGCUGCUUACCAGCGUGAUUAUCGAGUACUUGUCGGCACAGGUGAGGGCAGGCUGCCACCUGCUCCAGGUCUUCGAGGCAAUGGGGAUGCACAUUACCCGAGAGAAUUUCGAAACGUUUGCGCUGCCAGCCAUGCAAGAGAUCGCCACCGAGCUGAAGAGACGGCACCCAGACGUGCCCCUCAUGGUUUUCCCCCGUGGCGCCUCCUACGCGCUACCUGCGCUGCAGACAGCUGGGUACGACGUCGUCACGUGCGACACCGCGACUGGCCUGGGCCACGCCGCACAGGCGCUUCGAGAGGAGGCCGAGCGAUCGGGGCACAGCCGGCUGGCGGCGCUGCAAGGAAAUUUCGACCCCAAGUGGUUGAGGCCGGACGAGGGCAGCACCGUGGCCGACGUGCGGCGCGAAGUGGCCAUCAUGUUGGAGUCGAUUGGUCCCGGGAGUCCAGGGCUCAUCGCCAACCUCGGCGAGGGCCUCAGCGGCAAGGAGAGUCCCGAGCUCGUUGCCGCCUUCGUUGACGCCGUCCACGAGCUCUCGUCUUCCCCGAAGCGUUGA